CUCUGACAUAGCUAAGCGUCCGGAAUUAGGAAAUCACCACCAUGUUUGUGAGUAAACAUCAAACGCUCUUAUAGCCUCUAGGUGAAAUCCUUGAAUUAUUCUGGUGCCUUCUUGCUUCUGGCGCAUGCCCAUUGCGUUUGAGAUCCUGCAGACGACAAAUGUUGUUGUUUAUCUGGACCACAAAGUUGCGCCAGCAAAAGAACCAGUUCAGUCCGGUUGUAGCAUACAAAGAGAUCUCGCACGCGGGUCUGUAUACUGUCGCAUCGGCAUGGGAAGCAUCAACGCGGAUAGAAUCAAGUUACUUCUGUGCGGCCGUGAAGUCGUACCCCGUAUCAGUGAAACUAAGUCGUCAUAUCGCAAUCGGAAAUCAAGCCACUUAUUUUAUCGGCAAGUGAGUCGAAGUGCAGCAUAAUUCUCUACCCGAACACGCGAAACAAUGUUGAUGUACCGUUUUCUGUGAGCAGUCGAUGUUUCAAGACCAAUAUCAACUGGACUAAUUUCGUCAAACCAGGAGAAGAAGUCAGGAAGAACGAUCCAACAUGACCGAAAAAACUGAAAAAACGGCGGCCGGCCGUUGCCGCUCAGCUCCUAGUCUGAGUCCAGACAUCGAUGCUGGAUGGGCUUGGGUUAUUGCUGGAGCUGCUCUCGCCGCUUCGGCGAUUUCGUCGGCUGUCUACUACACCUUCAGCAUGUAUUUCCCGUUGCUUCUCAAUGAAUUCCAAGCGACACGGUCGACCACCGCUUGGGUUGGAUCGCUCAACAAUGGCGUAUACAUGUUAGCAGGUCCAAUAGCCACAAUAUUUAUCAAGCGGAUUGGAUGCCGAUGGACUGUUAUGCUGGGCGGAAUAUUAUCGAUGAUCGGGUUCGCUUUGAGUAGCAUUGCGCCCAGCCUUAUAAUGCUGUUUUUUACACAUGGAGGAAUAACAGCAUUUGGUCUAUGCUUAAACUACACAUCGUGGAUCGUGGCUAUUUCAGACAGCUUCGUCAAGAAGCACGCGAUCGCCUUCUCGCUAAGCCAAUCUGGUGUUGGAUUAGGUGUUUUCGUCUUUGGCCCACUUUUCAAUUUUCUAAUUGACCUGUACGGAUGGAGAGGUGCAUUCCUCAUCACUGGCGCCUGCACUUUUCAAUUGACUUGCUUGGGCGCUUUGAUAUUUCCACCGAGGAAGCCAGCGAAAAAUGAAAAUGUGGAUUUUGAAAGCUUUCCUCUCAACGCAAACGACAAGCAAGGAGAGAAAGAAGAGAAAAGGUACUCGGAUUUAAUUGAACCCCAGGUUAUAGUUGAUGAUUACAUCGACGGGACCCAGCAGUUAAAGUGGAAGGACUAUUCGGCCUGGCUGUUGCAUCUUAGCAGCUUUUUUUGGUUACUUGCCACAUCCAUACCUUACAUUUUACUGGCUGAUUACACUCGCUCUCUUGAUCUCGAGGAAUAUUAUAUCGUUAUGCUGAGCACUAUGGGAGUAGGAGACCUUGUGGGCCGUUUAGUUAUCGGUCCGCUCGUUACAUUUUGGAAUCUUGAUGUGACAAAAAUUUACGCCGUUUCCCAGGUGUUUUGCGCUAUUUUGAUCGCAUCCUUUCCAUUAGUAGUGAACGGAAUUCAAAUGAUUAUCCAAGGCUUUUUAUUUAGCGUAAGCUAUGGCCUUCAGUGUUUGCUCCUUGCACUGGUACCGCGAUCUCUUUUUGGAACACUGAACUUGAGCCGAGUUUUCGGAAUAACAAUGUUUUUCGGGGGUCUUGGAAUACUCAUUGGUCCACCAAUUGCCGGACUAAUUGUAGAUAGCACUCCAGGACGGUCUUAUUGGUUGGCAUUUGUAUUUGCUACUGUUAUUCAAUUUCUAGCAGCAGCAUCAACGAUUGGUUGCUACGUUCUGCGUCGAACGAAACGGUGACCCUUUAUUUAAAAAUAUCUUUGAAUUCCGCUUCUCGCAACUCAAAGUCUUCCUAAAGAUAAAAUUGAAAUAAUGUUGACGAGUUUUAAUUGACGCUGUUUUGACUUAAAGUAGUUCUUUCAGAAAUCCGAAACAAUGAAACAAUAGCGUUUAUACUAAUAUUAUGACAUCCAAUAAAAUUGGUGUUAAAACAGAAAAAAA